AUGGAGGUCGGCGGCGGCGGCGGCGGCAAGCAUUUCGUGCUGGUGCACGGCCUCUGCCACGGCGCGUGGUGCUGGUACAAGGUGUCCACCGCGCUGGAAUCCGCCGGGCACCGCGUGACGGCGCUGGACCUGGCAGCGUCGGGCGCGCCUGCACGAGUUCAUGAGAAGUUCAUGAGAAGAGAUGCUUCCGAAGGGCUGCUCAUGGACUGCGAACUGGUGCCCAUCACCGGCACCGGCAGUGAAGGUGCCGGCGGGCAGCAACGCACAGCGAUCGUGAUGGGUCCAAGGUUCAUGAAGGAGAAAUAUUAUCAGGAGAGCCCGGCGGAGGAUGUGACCCUGGCGAAGCUGCUGGUGAGGCCCGGCAACCAGUUCCUGGACGCCCCGCUGAUGAAGGACGAGGCGCUGUUGACGGCCGCCAACUACGGGUCCGUCAAGAAGGUGUACGUGGUGGUGGCCAAGGCCGACGAAGCCAGCACCGAGGAGAUGCAGCGCUGGAUUUUGGCCAUGAGCCCCGGCACGGAGAUCGAGGAGAUCGCCUGCGCCGACCACGCCGUCAUGAACUCCAAGGCCAGGGAACAUUGCGACGUCCUUGGAAGGGUAGCCAGCAGAUGCGACUGA